CAAUGAAUUGGACCAAUUGAUUAGGUUAUUUAUUGGGACAAAAAGAUAAAAAAAAAAAUUGGAAAAAAUUGAGUUUACACGUGACGCGAUGGUGUUAAAGGUAUUUAGUGAUUAUGGGUUUAAUGAUCAAAUUGUUUAAACAAUGUUUAAACAAUGUUUAUGAUUGGAAUUUCUGGUAAUGGUAAGGUGAGUGAAGAUGGUGGAAGAUCUGUUCUCAGCAGGUUUGUGGAUUUUAUGGCUGAGAAGUUGGUUUUAGUGGGCAAAAUUCAUUCUAUUUCGGUGAGACAUUGGAUGUUUAACAGUGAAUGAGCCUACAGCUUUUCGUAAUUGAUAAUACAAUAGAUCUAAUUUUUGUGUUUGUUUUGGCGAAAAUUUUGAAUUGAGUGAUUGAGCGAGGAGUGAUUGUAGAGCAAUGAAUAAAUAAAACAGCGAAAGAAUUAAAGUGUCGUGUAGUAGUGAGUGAAUUAAACCGUUAUGUAAAUUGGGAUUUGAAAAAGCGUUAACGACAUGCAAACCCCAGUCAAAUUAAAUUGAGAAAUAAAAUAAGAAAUAGAAUGAAGGCAGAGGAGUAAGAGAAAAAAAAAGAUUAUCUUUUUUUCAUUUAUAUUUUCAAUUGAAGGAAUUACG